AACAGUUAUUAAUUUGUGUUUGAAAAUGAAUGUGAUUAUUAUUUUUGGCGCUCUUCUAGGCUCAGCCUUAGCGGUGCCCAAGAAUCCGAAUCGUAUCGUUGGUGGCUCUCCUACUAACAUCCAGACUUACCCUUACAUGUCAAACAUGCAGUUCCGAGUUUUCGGUAUGUUUUGGUCACAAGCUUGUGGAGGUUCCCUGCUGACCCCUACAGCUGUACUAUCUGCAGCUCACUGCUUUUAUUACCUGACAAUUUUGAUUUCGUUAAUCCUACACCAAUUCGGUGAAACCCGAAAUCCCGUCUUAGAAAAUGACGUGGCUAUCGUACGUCUUAACAACGCUGCCGUGUACUCAAACAAUGUCCAGCCAGCCCGAAUAGCUGGUGCCAAUUAUAAUCUCGCCGACGGUACCGUCGUCACACAUAUUGGUUGGGGCACUCUUUGGUCUGACGGCCCAUCAUCUCAGCAACUCAUGCAUGUUGAUGUGAAAAUUAUAAACCAAAAGCUGUGUGCUGAGCGCUACGCAUAUCUGAAGACCCUACCAGGCUACGGGGGCUGGCCUGACAUAACCGACAACAUGCUGUGCGCCGGUAUUUUGGACGUCGGAGGCAAGGACGCCUGCCAGGGAGACUCUGGUGGUCCCCUCGCUCAUAAUAAAGAUGUCAUCGUUGGUGUAACGUCUUGGGGUUUUGAAUGUGCUCAUUCAUUUUACCCUGGUGUCAAUGCUCGUAUUUCAAAGUACACGAGUUGGAUAGCAGCUACAGUUAACGUGUAAAUUAAAAUAGCUAAGCAAUUGAUAAAAUAUUAUUAUAACAACAUGGUAUACUUACCUAAUAAUUAAAAUAAUGCUUAUGUUUCCUAUCUUCACUUCUACAGCAUACUUAGUAAGUAACUAAUAUAAGGCACUUAUCUAAAGAUCUUUAUGAUAUCCAGGGUUCGACUGGAUAUAAUUUAUUAUACUAGGUGAUAGCUAAUCUUGACAAGGUUUUUAUAUAAGUAUCUACACUAAUUUGUCAUAGACAUCGAUUUUUAGUCAGUUGGAGUUGGGGGCCCGUGAGCCUGUCUACAAGCUGAGCACUGAAUGAUCACGUUAUAUUAAACCAUCCAAACUGAUGAUGAUAAAAACUAACAAAUGCAAAUAAAAAUAAAUAAAACUGUUCAGUUUUAAAAUAAUGAACGUAAUAAUUUUGUGUAACUGCCAGAAUGUUAGACCCUAACAAAUAGGUAGGUAGGUACCUACUGUGUCAGUGUGUGGGUCUCUCGAAUACCUAAAUACGAAAUACGUAAUUACUUACGCAGUGCUGGAACGUAACGUACCUACAUUCACUCAAAAAAGUAUCGGGAAUGGAUGAAUUGUA